ACGACCUCACGUCCUCAACGAACAGCGGUGCAGCUGACGAGCUGGGAUUUCUGUCCUCUGCCGGGAUUUUUGGAGAAGUUCAGUGUCGUAAUCAUGGUUUUUGAGAGGAAGAUGCUCACGUACGGCGACCCCGACGACGAGGAGGAAGAUGUGCCAGCUGAGGAAGAAGAGGCAGAGGAGGAAGAGGAAGAAGAGGAGGAGGAGGAAGAAGACAUGGUGGAUCCUCUAGAUACGAUACGAACCAAGUGUGAGCAGACCGAUCACUGUGUGCACUACAUGGAGCGUCUGGAGACCUGUGCAGCCAGAGUUGGCUCCAAAUCCAGCACUGCUGAAGAAUGCACAGAAGAACUGUUUGACUUCCUGCAUGCACGGGAUCAUUGUGUGGCACACAAGCUGUUCCAUAACGUGAAAUAACCUCCUGACCAGCUGCAAAAUCAAUUUAACUGCUAAAAUACUCAAUAUUCCUCUGUUCUCCUGUGUAUUAAUGUAAAAGAAGUUUCUUGGGUUCCUGGACUAAAUACGCGCCACGCUUUCUGUAUACAGUGCAUACUUGUGUAGAUGGGGUCAGAAGCAGUCUGUCAAAUACAAGUCACUGCUUGUAGGUAAUGAGGGCAUCAAAGAAGGGCUCAGAUCGUUCUCACUGGUCAGUUCACAUGCAAAAGCAAACCUGCUUCUCUGGCAAUGAAUGUCUCUACUCAGGUUUGGCCAUGGAUUCAUUGUUCCAACUUAAAUAAAUGUUUUCUUUGGUAUCAAGCCU